GUUACCACAGCUAUGUCCGGAUUAUGCGUUAACAGCAUACCUUCCAGAUGGGAGACUUUGUUCACAACGCUAAGACAAUUAAUACUAAUUAUUGUUAAUGUCCUCCUAUUUUCCUUUUGUGGUCAUUUCUUUCUUUCAGAAAUUUUGUAGCGAGCAUUGUUCGCUGAGUCCCAAGCAAACAUCGUACCAUCUACACACAGCUUGUUAAAAAAAAAGCUUGACCUUAGCUCCGUUCGAUCUCUCUUCCGCUGAGCUUUCCCACAACUUCUUUCUAAUAUUUCGAACGGCGAAAGAAAAGUCUUCCGUGAUCGAAAAUUCUGUUCCCUUGAGCUUAUAGCAAGCUUUUAGGACGGAACCCUUUUCGCGGUAGUCUAAAAACUUAAUGAUUACUGGGCGACCAUUCUUGCUCUUUCUUCCAAGCUUGUUGUAGUAUGGUUUCUAUAUCUCCAUCGCUACCUUUAACCACCCACACGGGGAUGUCGUCGGCAUACAUACUGUGGUGUAGAUUUGGAAUCUGAUUAAGUUGUUCCGGUAAUUGGAUCAUUGCUAAAUUAAAGAGGAAGGGGGACAAUACUGAUCACUGUGCUGUGCCAUGGCUUCCAAGAGGGAUCUUGUCCGAUUGUACUUCUCCUAUUCUUAGUUCCGGUGUGCGGUGGUUGAAGAAAUCUUUGGUGUAGUUGUAGGUCCUCUGGCCUGCACCUAGGUACUGCAGAUUCGCCAGUAUAGCAUGAUGCGCUACGUUGUCAAAGGCCUUUGUGAGGUCAAAGCCCAGGACAGCCCGGGUACCAUUCUUGGCUAUGUGGUCCAGAACUAGAUAUUUAAGCUGAAGCAUGACGUCUUGCGUGGCAAGUUAUGGACGAAAGCCAAUUAUGGAGCUCGGGAAUAGGUUUUGUCCUCCGCAAAAUUGUGGAGUCGGUUAAGUAUAACGUGCUCCAUGAGUUUUCCUACGCACGAGGUCGAGAGAUCGGGCAUAAGUUCUCGAGCUGUAGUCGUUUACCAUGUUUAGGUAUAAAUAUUAUUUGUGCAUGCUUCCACUGCGAGGGGAUAGAACCUGUUUCCCAAAAGCUGUUGAAGUACUCUGUUAGGGCAGUGAUAGAUGCGUCGGCCAGAUUUCAGAGGGCCUUAUUUAUUAUGCCAUCGGGGCCUGGUGCAGAUUUAGUUCGGAUUUUUGAGCAAGACGGCUCGUACUUCAGCCUCUAGAAUGGGUGCGUCUAGGUUAAGAUUCGCCGGCCGACCGUAUGGCUUCUGGGGGAUUUGUGCAUUGGUGCCUAUGUACCGGGUUCUGAGCUCUGUCAGGAGCUCGUCGUUCGUGCCCUGGUAUUGGUGAGUGAUCUUAUUGAGGUAUUUCCUCUGGUUGCAUUUACUCUUUUCCGGGUCCAUAAAAUAUCGGAGAAGAUUCCCGUUUUGGGUAGACCGAGUUGUCCGUGCAUGCUGUCACAUACUUUCUCGUAUUGGUAUUUGGUCAAUUGGUUAGCGUAUUCCUCGAUUUCCAUGUUGAUUUGCGCGAUGCAGAAGCGGAGUGUACGGUUUAGUUUAUUCUUUUGCCAGCGGGUUUGCAUGCUCUUUUUGGCUUCCCACAAGUGUAGAAGGCGGCAAUUUACCUCGACCAGACCAUCGUCUUCAGGAAUUUCUCUCGUGGCGCGUUUCACGCAAUCUCUGAGAUCCCCGAUCCAGGCCUCGAGAUCGUUUAUAUGCUCGGUGGCGGUUGUCCCCUGAAUCUGGCGGAAGUGGUGCCAUUCCGUGAGCGAGACUCGUUUGCCCUUCUUGCGGGGUGGACCCGCCUGAAUGUGGAUUUUUAUGAUAUAAUCAUCGAUACCGAGGCUUUCCCCGGUAUUAGUCCAAUCAGAGUUGCCUAUGUUUUUGAGGAAAGUUAGGUCAGGAGUGGUGUCAAGACGGACGCUAUUCCUGAUACGGGUGGGUGUCCAGGAGUCUGCGAUGUGAGCCAAAGAUUACGACCUUUGAAUACCUCUGUACGGUGUCCCUAUGCAGUGUGGUGAGCGUUAAAGUCACCUAAUAAUAAUAUGGCCUUUUGUUGGGAGAUUCUGAGAGCCUUCCUGAAUAGAGUUCCGAACUUGUGGCGUCGGCACUUUAGGCUACUAUAGACAUUAAGGAUGAAUAUGCUUUCAUCCUCCUUACGUUUCGGGAUGAGUUCAAUAAAGACGUGGUCUAUGUCAACUUCUUCAAUAUCAUGUUUAAUGGCUGUUAGAUUUCUGCGAACUAGAAUAGCGGUGGUGGAAUCCGAACCCAGAAGCAUUAUAGGAUUUGUACCCUGCCAAUUUUGCGUGGCCUCCCGUCUCCUGAAGGGCAAUCAUAUCCGGGGCGUCCUUGCUCUGAACGAACUGCUGCAGGUUUCCCCGUUUGCGGCGAAACCCACCGCAGUUCCACUGCCAGAUCUUGCAGUUAGGAGUGUGAGCCAUUUUGGGGUGGCGGGAGUUCAGCGAUCGGGUUGGAGAUUUCGGAUAGGGAUGGGCGGUCAUAGGGUUUGGAUGCCACGCCCUUAAGGGAGCCGCAGGCCGUUGAUGUGAAUCUAGACUCCCAAAGAAGGUCUUUGGCUUCGGUCGCGGCUACCCGACUCUAGGUUGGUGGUUCGGGUUUUCAGAGCGUCUAGACGUGCGCUUAUUUGUUGCAAGUGGGCACGAUUCUCCACCUGUUGCUGAGGUAUCUGGUUGGCAAGUUCAGUAAUCAUAUGUUCUAGUUCCUCGAAUCUUGGGGAUAUGUCUGAAGAGCGGUCAUUAUGAUCUUCUGCCUUACGUUUCUCUGGUGGUGCUGUGGUGUUGUGUGAGGGAUUAAACGGUGGGGUUGGACGCGGCGUCUGACUGCGCUCCUGUUGUCUUUUUUGUAGUCGGGUGAUUUCCGUCCGCAGCUUAGUGAUUUCGGUUCUCUGUGGUUCUAUUAACUGCCUCAGUUGUUGGAGUACUGCCUCGAGAGCCUGCAUCUUAGGAUACUGAGCAUUGGGAGAUGUUAGCCCAGCUCACCUGUAGAGCGCUUUUAGCCGGGGUCGUUCAUCUCCCGGAACUCGACUGGUUCCGCGACGUCCCGCCGGAGUCCGUGGCGCUCGGAGUUGAGCUUAGUCUCAUGUAAGAUGGAGGUGGUUUCGGUAUCGCUGCGAGCGGACGCACUGUGUAUGGGCUCCUCCUUCGAAGUCUACAGCGACCGGUCAUUUCGACUUGAGCCUCUCAACAUCGCCACCAUCGUAUCCGGGAAAGUGAGCCGCCCAUUUUGAGCCCACCUGGGUAUCACUAUCCCACCCGGGUCAGAUUUUUCGGCCUUUUCUCCGUGUACCUGGUGCACGCCGAGGCUACGCCUGUCUUAGGCCUAGCGUCCAUGACCCCCACAGCCCACCUAGCCAUGGAAUACCAAGUAAACGGCACUGACAUCCACCCCGCCGAAGCCCUAAACGGAGAAUGGGAGACUGUCCUGCGUCUCCGCAAACAGUACCGCCCGGCGACUGCCACUCACUCUCCCCAAACGGAACCCAAGGGCGGUGACGGCCGUUCAACCGCCGAGAUAUCCCGAGCUGCGGCGCCGCCAGCUGCGCAGCGCCCGCUCCGUACGCGACACGCGCCUCUCCCGCAACUCCCGCGGGGAGACUUCAAGAUCGUAGUCCGACCACGCGACGGUUUGGACGUAACCAAGGAGACCCCUCUAACGCUCUUCGCUGCAAUCUGUGAUGCGACGAAAAUCCACCUGCAGGAAGCGCUCGCUCAGAACCAGGUGCGGCUGCAUCCAACAAACAAUACCUUGACGAUCAGCACUCCAGAGGAGGCUCGAGCUCGAGCUUAUGCCCAAAUAACGUCAAUCCACAUCGGCACGAGCGCAACUGAUGUCACCGCAUACCUCGCUCCGCCCGAUAAUGCCGUGAGGGGCGUCAUUCACAUGGCCCACAGUGGUGAGUCGCACGAUGAAAUCCUGAAAGGACUUGUUCCCUUCAAUCCUCAACUACCAAUUAUUGACGCUCGGCCCUUCGGGAAAAAGCGAUCCAUUAUUAUCACUUUCGCCACCGGCCCCCUGCCAAAGGCUGUCCGCUUUUGGGCGGGUAUUCACACUUGCUUUCCUCAUCGACCAAAAAUGGAGGCUUGCUACAACUCCCGCCGUAUCGGACACCGGCAGGAUGUCUGUCCCGUCCCAACUAGCGGAUGUUGCCAGAAUUGCGGUGACAAGCACGCGCCAACGGAACCCCCAACCUGUACACCCAAGUGCAUUGUCUGUGGCGACGAGCAUCAUACUGGGAAUAUUCAAUGUACGUACCGGUACGCACGCCCGCCACCACGCACCCAGCCAACCACCGGACGCCAGUCAAGAACCCGGGAGCAGAAGCCAGCCCCGCGAAAGUCAUCGCGCAGUGCAAACACUGCGCGCUCCAUUUCACGUGACCGUAGCCACAAGCCCCAGCAGGACCUCACCUGGGCCGACCGUGCAAGAAAAUCGCCGCCUGCCCCCGCCCAGAAAACUCCGGACCACAACGAAGGGGAGCUCCGGGCCCUCCGGGAGGAGGAAGCAUUGCUGUGACUUUCGCUAUGCUGUACUGGGUGAUCCUUUGUUUCGUCGUACCAUGCGCUGUGAUGGAGAACUAUGCGCCCAGCCUCGCCGGUUACCUGCUCGCCAGCCGAGAAAGGAAGCUGGUCUUCUCUGCGACCCCUACGCUUGGCACAUACUGGAUCCUCAAGAUACUCAUGAUCUCCCAAGAUCUCACGGGGUCCGCCGGCUGGGAUGUGGUCAGUGGUCGAGUUCUGAAUCUGGACAACGUUACGAUCGGCGAGAUAUGGCUUACAAUGAUAGCCACCAGCUGUCUCAUAACCCUGGUGGUAGCCUACCUGUCCCAGGUGUUGCCAUGGGUCGCAGGUAUUCCGAGGCCGUUCUACUUCCCUCUCAUGUACCGAUACUGGUUCCCGGCUACUCAGGAUCCACAAGGUGGAACCGUCUCCCCCGGAGACAAGUUCCCGGGUUAUUUUCAGUUGCCCCCGUUGGACGCCACCCCAGUCAUCACUGUCCAGGGCCUGACGAAAGACUACGGUGGUGUGGUUGCAGUGCACAACGUGGACCUGGAAGUCUACGAAGGCCUCAUCACCGUCAUCCUGGGCCACAACGGCGCCGGGAAGACCAGCGUGCUCAACGUGCUCACGGGUGCCAGAUAGUGUGAUUGUGUGAAAGCUGCGUAUAGCUCGAUCUGCAACAGUUACAUUGCGCGCAUCCACAAAGCUUUGCUGUCAACGAAUUCCCUGUGAUCGAUAUCUUCUUUAAAGCAAAUAAGUAUUAUUUGGAGUAAAUGUAACUAUACGCCUUCGGUACCGUUGGCGCUUAUAAAGAGAUGGCAAAUAUGAAUGUUAAGUUGCAUUAACCUGACAGUUUACUUCCUGAGAGUUAUCUUCUAUACAUGUUCACCUUGCACUGUCAGGUUAUUCGCAGACGACUGUGUCGUCUACACAAUAAUGACUAACACACAAAAUAAAAGCCCAGUACUCUUAGACUUCAUUGAACUCGCAUUUUAGAAUUAGUUGCUAGUGGCAAAUUGAAGUUAACAUUUUUAUAACUAUGGCCGGGAUGUUUACUAGAGAACAUAAUCCGCGAACAAGCUACAAACAAUUCAGGGUAUUGUUGUUCAAAGUGCAUCCCCAUUCACAUAUCUCGGAGUUCAUCUAUCGUCUGAUUUAUCCUGGAACGUGCACAUCAUUAUCAUUACCAGCGAGGCACCUGAAGCACUCGGCUUCAUUAAACGUCACUUGUACUUGACCAACACUGCUAUCAAACUAUUAACAUGCACUAUACUUGUUCGUUCUAUGAUUAAAUCUGUCCACAUUAUGCAAAAAACAAGUGAGUAGUGCAGACAGGACACAAGAGUAGAGAAGUGGACAACACGAACGCCGACUAUCAACUGAAGGGAGCACUGAGGCGAAAAAAGAAAAGAAGACACAAAACUCAUCUGCGCAUGCUCAGGAAUGGUAACACCACGUGUCAGUCGGGUACACGUGCCGGUCUACGUGAGAGAUAAUUGUUAAGGCACUUAAUCUCUUCCUUAUGUAAAGUAAUCGAAGGCUGACUCACGCACGCACUUCCACCACUAGAGAUAUGCCAUGCCUCUACCAUAAGACGCGUAUCUUCAUUCUUAUGCCAGUAAAAUAUCGCGCAUUCAUCUAACUCUGGCGUGCAGUUACAAUCUCGGCAAUGUAGCGAAAGAUUAGAAGGCGAUCCACCGGUUAACGACCUUUUAUGUUCCAUUAGCCUCUGAUUGAUACACCGUCCCGUUUGCCCUCCGUAGAACUGGCCACAGCUAAGGGGAAUUUUAUAAACCACACCCAUACGACGGUCAGUAAAACUGUUGUUUUUAUUAUGC